UUUUUAAAGGGAGGUUUAUGUACUCCAAACAUUAGAUUCAUCAACUCAUCCUCCACACACUUCAAAUUCAAAGAUCAGAUAGCACACUGUCUAGUGUUGAUCUUCCUCCCCUCUAGGAGUUAAUUUGCUUGACUAGUUCGUCGGAGAAUUUAAGGUAACAUUGAUGCUUCGGGGGUUUGAAAAGGAAAAUUUUUUUUUUUCGUUGAAUAAAAAAAAAAAAAAAUAUAUAUAUAUAUAUAUAUAUAUAUUUUUUAGAACUAAUUGAACCAACACAAAUUCAACUAAUAGAGUCGAAUCAAGGUUUUACUGCUCUCAUUUCUUCUCAAACUGCACAGGUUAAUUCAUUCAUGCACACAUAAAAAUCGACAAAACAAAUACUCAUAUAAACCAAUUUUUAUCCUGAUGACUAAAAAACAAAUCAUGUAUGAAGAAAUUAGUUGACAAUACGGAAGGGAAUUAGUCAUUUUUAUAAGAGUGUUGGAAAACGAAGUAAGGGAAAAUGACAAAUAACUCUUAGGAGAGUGGUGACACAAGGAGUUGGUUAGUGGUUUGGUGAGAUGAUUAACAAUAUUAAUCAUAAUUAAAGAAAAGAAUAAUAAGAAGGGAUGUGUGUAAAGUAGAGUUGUUCAUAUAGUGGUUUGUUGAUAUUACUAAUAUAGAUAAUUAUACGUGUGGACUAAUACAAGGGGUGGGCAUGAUUAGCCAUUGAUUAGUACGUUUUGCUUUUGUUUAUCCUUCACUUUGUUUAAUGCCUUUUGUUCUAUCUCUACAUAAGCACGUAAGGGUGACAUGCUUAGAUCGAUAGCUAAUGACCCAAUAACAAAAUCCAUUAUACGAAUAUUUCAAUUUACUUAAAUUGAGAGUAAACGUUUCACUUUUAAAAUUAAUACCUUCAAAACCAGUACAUAUAUUAUGGGGAAAUUUAAGGGGUAAAUGAAGCAAAUAUACUUCUUAAUUUUUUUUUUUUUUUUUUGCAAUAGCCCGGCUCAAUUAUUAACAAGAGGGAAUAGGGUGUCCUUAUUUGCAACCUUUUCAAUUAUUUUACUCAAUUUCGUUCCUUAAUAACCCUAGAUUUAUGGAUAAGCACCCAAUUAUCUAUGUAUAUUUCACUAACAAACAAUUUUAAUCUGUUAACCCGUCCUAUAAAGUGGUACCAUUAAUUUAUACACCUAUUAUGACCACAAUAAAUAAACAAUUUUGAAAAAUCUUGCUAGGCUUUUGCUUUAUAAGGUCAACAAGCAAACAAGAAGAAUCUCGAAGUUCAUAUAGAUAUAUAUCCACUUGCCCUUCCUUUUGAUGGUACAAUAUAUAUGCCAAAAAAAUAAUAUAUGCCAAAAAUGAAAAGUAAUGAAGAACUAAUUAGUCAUUAUAUUUAUGGAGUACGUACUUUGCAAAUUUGUAGCUUUAGGGUAGCAGAAAGUUCCGUGGAAUGAAACAAAAGUAACGAAAAAGGAAUAGAAGCAUCCAAACCAAAAUAUUAGUAAAUGUGCCCAAUAACGAGGCAUAGUCGAGCGAUCGUGAAGUCAUAUUUUCAAAUUAAAAUUUAUGAUUUUAAAACUUGAAAUAAUACAAUCGAUUCAGUUUUACUUUUUUUUAUUGAAGUAUUGUACGUCUAUAUACGGUACCCUACUCUUCAUACACAAAUAAACAAUUCGACAAUUAUCUGUCGAACAUAACUAUUUUUUCCUACUUUUUUCAUCAAACAAUCCCUCAAAUAUAAACAUGAGGUUUGUCGCAUGUAGAUUUGAAACAUGAGGGUUGUCCACUAAUCAUGCAUUAUGGAAUAAUUAAGAACUAUUAAUCCCUAAUCUAACUAGUUAGUAUUAGUGCGUGCAUGAUCUAUACCAUAUAUGUGUGCUCUUGCUACCUAACAUAGCGCAUAAACCUUUCCUUUCCCUUCUCAUGAUAACAUUAUAUAACUUCUUGUACACCUUCCAAAAUCCAAUUCAUUCUUCCAACUCCAUGAUUUCUCUUUUUCACCCUCUCUCAAGCUAACAUCCUGUUCUCAUACAAAAAAGAACAACACAUAUAUGAAACUCAAAAGAAACAUGGCCGGUUAGAUCUCGACUGCGACAGCAGAAGAAGAAGAAGAAAGAAAUGGUUAUGGGUAUAUAUCUUAUCUCCACUAAAGCACUAUCUUUCGAAGCCAACAAAUGUAUAAGGUGGGUUUUAAGGAAGGUAUAAUAUCCUCUACUAUGUAGUUUUAUCAAACAUGCCCCUAGACGAUUUUUUAUAUCAAACAUACCCUUGUACUUUGGAAAAUGAUCAAACAUGUCAUUCUGUUAAAAUUUCCAUUAAAAAAAUCGCCAACCAUGGUUGAACCGAGAUGUAGAUGACCCGACAUCGACAAAUGAGAGCGAAAAUGUCAGUUUUGUUCCCCAUUUUAUUUUUUCUAGGUCUCGUGAAAGUGAAAUUAUUAGAGGUAUUUGGCUCUACAAAAGAACCCAAAAAAUUUUAAAGUGAAAUUACCAAGGAUAUUUUAGACAUUUGUGUCGCCCAAACCAAGGUACGACCAUGAUUGACUGUUUUUGGAUGAAAAUAUUAACAGAAGGGCAUGUUUGAUCAUUUUUCUAAAGUACAAGGACAUGUUUGAUGUAAAAAACAGUAGAGGGGCAUGUUUGAUAAAACGACAUAGUAGAGGGGCAUAUUAUACCUAUAACCCUAGUUCCAAGCCUAUUUCGUGGCUCAUCGUGAUUCAUCAUCAAGUUAUCAGACCUAAUUAUUUAUGGUUUAGUAGAUCUGAUGGGAUUAUACAUUCAUACUUCAUAGAAUUCAAAUUUUCGAUAGACAUACGAGUGAGUCUUUGAAAAGUUCUCGCAUGGUAAAUAUAAAUCGUUUAAUCAAUUUCAAACAACAAGAAAGACAUGUUUAUGAAACGGUAAGGAGUGGUUAAGUUCCAUUCAUAGACUUUUUUCUAAGUUAUGAUAUCACUAUAAUGCUAGUUUGAUACAUGCUUUAAGCUUUCAAUGCUAAUACAUCUACUAAAAAUUCGGUUUUCGGAAACCCAAUAAAUGGACACUAAAUAAAAGAACCAAAAUGAUCACUAAUAACUUUUCAUGACCAUGUAAUUUUGUUGUAUUGUAUUGUAUUGCAUGUAAUCGUACUUGGACUACCUUUGGUCGGCCGUCCUUGACGUGUGGAAUAUUAUCGGAGGAACCGUGCCCGUAUAUAGCUUAAUUACAAAACUACAAAUUUCUUUAUGGUAUUUCUAAUAUUCCACUGUAUAGACGUCGUCGAAAGAUAUUAAAAUGAAACUGCUAAAUUAAAAUGGCCAUUAGAAAUGAAUUAAGAAGAUAGGCCAGCAAUAUUCCCCAUAACCGGAUUAAAGUAAUGGUGUGGUCGGUCUGUCCUCUUCAGGAGGCUCCCCGAUCACUUUCUGGUGACGGCGACCGGAACAAUUUUGCCACCGCCGGUUUCGAUUUAAUUUUGUUUAAAUUUCCAUAAUGCUAAAUAUCUUAACAUAGAGCACAUAAUUAUUGUUGCUAAUUAUUAAUGGCGUCCAUAUCAAUUCACCAAAAAAAAUAUUUAUGGCGUCUAUAUCUAAAUGAGCUCACACCGUGCAAAAAAAUAUCGUCCACCACUUCGUGGUAUCGAAAAAGGCCGGCGGACCCGCCAUGUUCCCAUGGGUAAGCUAGAUCUUGCUCUAUCUCCAUCAGGCCAGACCGCCAGACAGAGGCUGCCAAAUUGGAAACAGACGUUCAAAGAUGGUUUAUUAUUACAUUCAUUAAUGUUCAUUACCAAAAUGGUUGGAGUCGAUAAGGAGUGGAUGAGUUGACUUAGCUUGUCCAAACUCGGUUUAACGCAUACUCGACUCGAAUUUAUUACUCAACAAGCGUAUAAAAACGGAAAUAGGAAUCCCCUAUAGGUGCAUGACGAUUGACACAAAAUUAAAAAUUUUCAAUGCUCAUCUCAGUUAUAUUCACAUCCUCUUUCUCUAGCCUACAUCAUAUUAUUAUAUCAACGAUAAGCCGAUAAUACACUCUCGACAUCAAUCAUCAAUGUCUUACUCUUCCUCAGUAAUACCCUAAUAUACAAAAAAAAAAAAAAUCUCGAAAUGAUAUCUUAUCAAUAUGAACACAAAAGUUAAAAGAAUUUACAUAUUUGUCUAAACUCUCACCCCACUUAUAAUGAAAUUAUUAUACUUACGGCACAAAUGACUUCAAGCUUUCGUUGUCACCCCAACUCACAAGGUUAGCUAGCUAGGGUUUCUAUGCGCACGUACAUAUGGAAGUUCGUCGUAGAUGUAAGCAUCUUCUUCUUCUUCCUCUGCUGGCCAAAAGACAUAUACUAUUCCCAACGGAAUCGAAGAACCAGCAAUAAAAUAAUGCCCAUUUGAAUCGAUUUUGUAUUGUUACCAUACUUGUCAAUGAGCUGUGUAGUUUCGUCACUUUGUUGCUUUGAGGUGAAACCAAAUUGUUCGAAAGUAUAUAUAUUAUUAUACCAGACCUGGUGCGAUAUGUGAUUCGUAUGGAGAAACAGGACAAGUUCCAGAAAUGGGCAGCAUCGAUCGUCCAUGUAUUGUGUGGCUGUCACUAAUUAAUCUCCUCUUGGAAAGUGAAGAAACUAAACAAUCUGCAAUAUAUGUGGCGGAUUAUGAAAAAAUAAAUAAAUUAUAAGAUGUCUCUAUAGGCAAAUUACUAAAUAAAAAAAUUGUAGACGGUAACAAUUUAUGUCUCUUUUCUCCUCUGAAUUUUAUCUCUCUUUGUUCCAAUGCCGCAAUGCGUAGAUUUAAAUUCAAAAUCGAAAUAACUAAAUACUAAAUAAAAGGGAUGUGAAUGAAAUUAUACGAAUAUAGGGUAAUUAUUUUUGCAGGGCAUGAGUGAAAACACUGAAAUCCGAUUCCUGAUCUCCUCUAUCGGUAUUUUCGGUUUUGACCGAAUUUAAUUGAUAUUGACUGGAUUUCACCAAAACUCAAUAGUAGUCUUUUCCAACAGAUUUGAUGACCGGUUCCAAUUGUACCGGGUUGAACCGACCGACAGGUAGACGGCGUGACAACCAAGCGUUUUAGGGUUUCAUCAAAUACUACAUUAUAUAACGUACAUCAAUGCUGUCACGAUGAAUCAUUCUUCACCCCUUUUUCCCAUCAUUGGAGGUAUACCUUUUUUGUGGUGCGUUGAUGAUAAAGCUGUGGCUCUGAAUUACUAGAUGAAGCUUGCUGAUGAUGAUAUCGAAACAAAUAUCGACAGUCGACCCCAUUGUUUCUCAGAAUGGCCAGCCCUGCUAUAUAUGUAUCAUCAUCGUCACAUGCCAUGCUGUGAUCGAUUUAUAUAUUAUGCGAUGAUGUCUUUUCAAUGUCUUUGGCCUCGGACAACGAGGAAAGCUUCCAAACUGUUCAAAUAUAACGGCUCCAUUUCCUCAGCAAUGGGUCUUGUUAUGGGACUUAUGGUGCCCAACAAGCAGCACUCGACGAAGAAGUGGCAGAGACUUGUGGGUCUCUCUUCUUGGUUUACUGGAUAAGAGAAAAUAUGGGUAUAGCAAUGCUCGGAUUUGCGAGAAAGAGACUAUCGUAUGUGUGCAUAAAAUCGAUUCUCGAGAUCAUAGAUAAUGAAGAUUUUCGAACGUG